AUGGCACCUUCCGCCAUAACCCCUCCAAUCCUAUCUCCCACCUCCCUCACCUUCCCCACAAACACCCACACAAAUUCCUCCCUCAGCACCAACACCAGCACCAGCACCCCCAAUUUCCACGGCUACGACCACAUAACCUGGUACGUGGGCAAUGCCAAGCAAGCCGCCUCGUACUACUGCACGCGAUUUGGCUUCCAAGCCAUCGCUUACAAGGGUCUGGAGACGGGUUCGCGCUACAUCGCUUCGCACGUGGUGGGCAAUGGCAAGAUUCGUUUCGUGUUGACGUCGCCGUUGAAGGCACAUUCGGGUCUGAAAGACGAUGAAUCGAUAUCGGAAAAGGAGAGGGAGUUGUUGAGGGAGAUUUAUGAUCAUUUGGAGAAACAUGGGGAUGCGGUGAAGGAUGUGGCGUUUGAGGUGGAUGAUGUGGCUAGUGUUUAUUAUAAUGCUGUGGAGCAGGGAGCUGUGGGUGUGCAGAAGCCGGUUAAGGGGCAGGAUGAUGAUGGAGAGGUUACAACUGCAAUAAUCCGCACCUACGGUGACACAACCCACACCCUAAUCUCGCGCACCCACUACUCCGGGGCCUUCCUCCCCGGCUACCGCGCCACUCCCCCCUCCAAACGUGACCCGCUCUCCCUCCUCCUCCCCACCAUCCCCCUCUCCGCCAUCGACCACUGCGUCGGCAACCAAGACUGGGGCGCCAUGCAAUCCGCCUGCGCCUACUACGAAAAAUGCCUCUCCUUCCACCGCUUCUGGUCAGUCGACGAUUCGCAAAUCAGCACUGAACAUUCGGCCCUCAACAGCAUCGUCAUGGCGUCCCCCAACAAUGUGGUCAAAAUGCCCAUCAACGAGCCCGCGCCCGGUCUCCGCAAGAGUCAAAUUGAGGAGUACGUGGAUUUCUAUUCCGGGGCUGGCGUUCAGCACAUUGCGUUGCGCACCGAUGAUAUCAUUACCGCGGUUUCGAAUCUGCGUGCUCGCGGCGUGGAAUUUAUAUCAGUACCCGACACGUAUUAUGAGACGAUGAGAGAACGUUUGCAAGAUGAAAAUGCGGGGAUUCAAUGGAAUCUCAAGGAGGAUUUUGAGGAGAUUCGAAGACUUAAUAUCUUGAUUGAUUUUGACGAGGGUGGAUACCUGCUGCAAUUGUUUACGAAACCGUUGAUGGAUCGACCGACGGUCUUUUUGGAGAUUAUUCAGCGAGAGGGCUUUGAGGGAUUUGGAGCGGGUAAUUUUAAGAGUUUGUUUGAGGCGAUUGAGAGGGAGCAGGAUGCGAGGGGAAAUUUGUAG